CGAGUCCUGAGGACUUUUCUUUUCUUCCUGCCGUCUCCAGCUUCCGGAGCCCGGAGUCAGUGGAAAUGGACGAGAUCAUGGCCGCCAUGGUCCUGACCAGCCUGUCCUGCAGUCCCGUGGUGCAGAGCCCCCCGCAGACGGAGCCCGGACCAGCCGGCACCUCGUCGUCGGUCGACAUGGAGAACGGCGGCGGCGAGCUGUCGGACAGCGGCAGCAGCGGCUACUGGAGCUGGGACCACGGCAACGUGAGCCCCGCCCCGUCCCCGUCCGUCACCGAGAUGGACAGCAGCCCGGACGAGGGCCUGCACAUGGAGCCGGAGCCGGAGGGGGAGCUGACCGCCAAGAAGCCAAAGACCUCCUUCAGAAGUGUGUACAAGUGUCUGUGGCCCGGCUGCGGGAAAGUCCUCACGUCUUCGGUGGGAAUCAAGAGGCACAUCCGCGUCCUGCACUUGGGCGGGUCGGACCAGACCCAGAGGGAGGAGGACUUCUACUACACCAGGCUCUGCUGUGAGGCCGUGGAGGCCGGCCCGGUGCCGGCCCCCGCCCAGCAGGCUCUGGGCCAGGCCCCCCCGGCCCUCGUGGGCUGGGCCUCCUCCCCGCUGGGCCCGGGGCUCCAGAUCCCCGCGGCCCACAGGCCCCGGUCCAACUCCAGCUCCGGGCCCGGCCCCGGCCCCGGCAGGCCCAGCCCGCUCAGCCAGUCGGCCCCCAGCAGCUUCUGGCAGAUCCACUCGGAGCAUCUUUAUCAGGCCUGCAACCCUGUCCAGGUGUCGGUGGCUCCCAGAAGCCCCUGCAGCCAGAGCUGGACCCCCGUCGCCUCCGUCGCCUCCGUCGCCUCCAUCUCCGGCCACAGCAACACUCAGAUGGUGAAACCUCGCUGCCGCUCCGUCAGCGUCGGGGAACAAUGGCUCCAGCAGAACCGGCUGCAGCCGGUCAGCGCUUCACCCUCACGCAGCCACUGCUCCUUCAGGAAGGGGCGCGGCGAGGCCAAGAAGUGCCGCAAGGUUUACGGCGUGGAGCGGAAGGACCAGUGGUGCACGGCCUGCCGCUGGAAGAAAGCCUGCCAGCGCUUCCCGGACUAGCACGAGCGUGAACACAGACUUUACUAAACAAAGAGAAUAUAAAGCUGGACGCGGUCCAGAAAACAACUUCUUUAUUGUGUUGGUUUCUUCUUUUGUUUGUUUCUUCGAUUCGUCACGUUUCCUCCCGAAAGGAUGAAACGGACUUUUGUGCAUCUUUGUAAGUUGAUCCUGCAAAAUGAAGUAUGCGACGGUGCUGUUGACUGCCUUUGACCAUGUGACGUGCCCUGCCCAAGCCCCGCCCCUUUACCCAUAGGCCCCGCCCCUUUUACCAGUGGCGUCAAUUCAGUGGAAGCUAAGGUAUGGCAAGGUUACGAGUCACAGAACUUAACUAGAGUAUCAAUCAACACGUCCAGCAAAUAUUCAUCACAGAAGUCUGCUAUGUAGCUAAUCUGUGUGGUCAAGAAAAUUGGAACUUUUUCAAAUGCAGUCUCGCUCACUGCAAAAACUCAAAAUCUUAGCAGGAAUAUUUGUCUUAUUUCUAGUUAAAAUGUCUCAUUUUUAGUCUCAUUACACUUAAAACAAGAGUCAUCGCCAGAAAAAUAACUUAUUUGACCAUUUUCACCUGUUUCAAGUAAAUUUUCAAUUGAAAUAAGUAGAAAAAUC